AUGGACGAGCCGCUUCAGUUCGUGCCGUUUACCUCCGAGAUCGAGCUGCCGUUCUACUCGGCGCUCUUCUCGUCCAAGCUAGAAUAUGACAAGCUCGACGACUCUGCGCGUAGAUUGAUGGGCGUAUACGAGCCGCGCGAUGUGGACCCAGAUGCCAGCUCCAAGCUGCAGCUUCUCGGAAGUGCUUUGACAAACACCGACCCCCCUCUCGGAAAAGCAAGAGCUGAAGGCGUCAUUAAAAACGUUAAUACCAUCGAAGAUUUUAGAAACACCGACAAGGCGGCGAUGCUGAAGCUGGCGGGCAGGCAGAUAUGGGACGCCAUUAACGAUGGGAGCAUAUACUCUGUUCCCUCUCUACUCUCAUCCUUCAUCAUAUUAUCAUACGCCGACCUCAAAAAGUACAAAUUCAUAUACUGGUGUGCGUUUCCUGCACUGCACUCAGAUGCGCAGUGGAAGCGAGCCGGCCCUGUUCAGCGCCUUACUUCGGACGAGACCACGGCUCUUUUGGAUCGAGUAGGCACGUGGCGGUACAUUGUCGAUAAGCGCGAGCACGGAUUCUUCUUGGCCAAGAAGGUAUGGGGGGAGAAGCCGGCCGAUUUGAGCGAACACGACCCUGCACACAAGAUUCCGUACAGAUGGGAGGUGGCUUCACUACGUAAUUUUGAAGAUGGCUUUUUCGAUGGAGUUGCAGAUGAGGAUCGUUUUGUCACGUUUCUAGAUCCAUCAACCUUCUCAGAAGGUCCAUCAUGGCCUUUACGCAAUCUCUUGAUCCUAAUCCGCCACCGAUUCCGCCUGUCCAAGAUCAAUAUUCUCUGUUUCAGAGAUGAAUGGUCCCGACGACACGAGUCCAAAAGCAUCAUUAUACCCAUCAAGAUGGACCCCAUCGAAGAUAUGGAAAUCAAGGAAAUGCCCAAAGUUACUGGCUGGGAGCGAGCCAAGAAUGGCAAGCUUCAAGCACAGGUGGCCAACCUGGGCGAGUACAUGGAUCCAUCGCGACUGGCAGAUUCAUCAGUCGAUUUGAAUCUCAAGCUCAUGAAGUGGCGACUUGCUCCAGAUCUAAACCUCGACAUAAUCAAGGAAACAAAGUGCCUGCUUUUGGGUGCCGGAACCUUGGGAGGUUAUGUCUCAAGAAAUCUGAUGGGAUGGGGCGUAAGGAAAAUCACAUUCGUCGACUACGGCAGCGUAUCCUUUUCAAACCCCGUUCGCCAGCCGCUAUUUGAGUACGAAGACUGUCUCAACGGUGGCAAGCCAAAGGCGAUCCAAGCCGCCGAAAUGUUGAAGAGGAUAUAUCCAGGGGUAGACGCUGAAGGACACUCCAUGUCUGUGCCGAUGCUGGGCCACGCUCUCGCCGACGAAGCGAAGACGAAAGCCGACUACGACAAGCUUGAAGCACUGAUCAAUGCCCACGAUGUCAUCUUCUUGCUGAUGGACACUCGUGAGUCGCGAUGGCUACCGACAGUAAUGGGAAAAGCGGCUGGAAAAGUUGUCAUGAAUGCCGCUCUUGGAUUUGACUCGUAUGUCGUUAUGCGGCACGGCGCCGAAGCGACUCACGAAGGCCAGGACACUCUUGGAUGCUACUUUUGCAAUGAUGUUGUUGCUCCCGCUGAUUCUAUGAAAGAUCAGACUCUUGAUCAGCAGUGUACUGUAACCCGGCCCGGAGUUGCCGCCAUUGCCUCUGCACUUUUGGUUGAGCUUCUCACAAGUCUCCUGCAGCAUCCCUUGAGGCACAACGCCCCAGCUCCUCAGCCACGACCAGGAACCACUCUCGAGAGGGACCCCCCUGACCAUCCACUCGGCCUCGUGCCGCAUCAGAUCAGAGGUUACGUAUCUACCUUUCAGAAUCUUGUCAUCCGCGGCCAAUCGUACGACAGCUGCAGCGCAUGCAGCCCCAAGAUUCUGGACGCCUUCCGCACUGACGGAUGGAGCUUUGUCAAGAAAGCCCUUGAGGAAAAGAACUAUGUUGCCGAACUGUCAGGUCUCGCCGAGGUCCAGCGCAGAGCUGAAGAGCUGAAUGAUCAGCUGGACUGGGACGACGAGGAGGCAGCUGAGGAAGAAGGCGACGGAGAGCUCCUCUAA